AUGGCGUCCGUGCACCACUCCUGCGGCGCACUCCUCCUCUUUCACCAUCCCGUCCACGUUAAUCGACAACACCCGUCAAGAUGGCCAGUACGUUCCCCGAGUUCGUCGGCGUCUCUCUCGGCGAGCGCCAAAUCUCUCGAAAUUCCUUUUCGCCCGACCACUGACAUUCUGUGCGCUUUACAGAGUCCAAGAACGCGUCCCAGCACCACCGCAGCCAGAAGGCUCACCGUAACGGGUGCGUAUCCCUUAUCGCAUGUCCAAUACUUGCAGCAUCAUGAUUUUGCCCCUCGAGUCGACAACGAUCCCGCCCGGGAAGGAGAGUUUGGAGCGGAAAGGCUGGAGUGGAAUUUGGGUGUGACAAGAUGGACAACUUGGAGCCUCUUUCUUCGACUUCAGCAAUGGCUUUCGACUCUCCUUCUCAAUCCGUUCACGGCUAUCGAACCACUACGACUAUAUUCCAGACCAGCACUGACAUUGGUUCUAUCAUACAGUAUCAAGAAGCCCAAGACCAACCGUUACCCCUCCCUCAAUGGUGUUGACCCCAAGUUCCGCCGCAACCACCGUCACGCCCUGCACGGCACCGCCAAGGCCCUGAAGGAGCGCAAGGAGGGCAAGCGUGAGGUCGCAUAAACGUGGACAGAAUCGAAAAGAAAAAUCAUGGGAGGAGGAAAUCUCGGACGCG